CCUAAGUGCGCUCCGGACCAGGUUAAGGAGCUCAGUUCCACAUGUAAUCCCGUGCGCGGUGGACAUAGGAGUGGGAACUGUGGAAGUGUGACCAAGAUUAACACCGGCAACCCUUUCCUGAGAGGACAUACUGAAGGAGUGUUGGCUAAACUAGAAGAAAAAGAAAGACAGAAAACUACUGAUCGAGUCGACGUCGCUCCAACUGCCGUGCGUCCGCGUCCAACACCAGACCAGGGUCCGUCCGACGGACAAGAAUGACGUGUCCUUCUCCGUAACGGUCCAUCCCUGUUGAAAAUGCUUCAUCCUAGAUCCUCUGUGUUUACGUCUUCUCCUGUGGUUCUGGUUACACACAGUAAGCGGUCUGGAAUGUCCUCCUGCCUAUGACAUGGUUUAACCCACAUAUGAUCCGGUCGCCAUGAUGGCCUCCAUGGUUGCCAGUGGAAAUCGAGAUGGAGAGUCUGUGGUCUUGAAAGGGGUGGAUCCAGAGACAUGUAUGAUUGUGUUCAAGAACCACUGGGCCCAGGUGGUGAAGAUUCUAGAAAAGCAUGACCCCUUGCGCAGCAGCUCCAUGCCCGCUCUGGGCGUCAUCAGCCUCAGUGCAGGGUCCAGCGGUGGCCCUCGAUUCGGGCCCAUCCCCGGAGACGAGGCGAGCGCAGUGCAGAACUAUGUGGAACAUAUGCUGUUCCUGCUGAUGGAGGAGGAGAGCGGUCAGGCCGGUGCCAUGGGCCCCAUCCUGGAGUUCGUGGUGAUGGAGAAUGUGAUGGAGCGUCUUUUCGUGUGGAGCCUGCGCAGGGAGUUUACAGACGACAUGAAGCUGGAGCAGCUGAAGAUGUAUGAGAUGCUGGUGGGCCAAGCGCACCAGCCUCUUCUGCAUCAUAAGCCCAUCCUACGGCCCCUCAUGAUGCUGCUGUCGUCCUGCUCGGGCACCGCUGCCCCGCAGGUGGAGGCGGAGCUGGUGCUGCUGCUCAACCAGCUCUGCUGCGUCCUGGCAAAGGACCCGUCAGUUCUGGAGCUGUUUUUUCACACCAGCGAGGAUCAGGGAGCCACAAACUUCCUCAUUUUCUCCUUGCUCAUCCCGUUCAUCCACAGGGAGGGGACUGUGGGUCAGCAAGCCAGAGACGCCCUGCUGCUCAUUAUGUCUUUGUCUGCUGAGAAUGAGCGGGUGGCCAAGCACAUCUCAGAGAACACCUACUUCUGUCCGGUCCUGGCCACAGGUCUGAGUGGCCUCUACUCGUCCCUGCCCACUAAGCUGGAGGUUCCCACUGAGGAGUGGCACUGCCUGCAUAAAGAGGACUGGCUCAAGAUGCCGGCGCUCGUCCAGUUCCUGAACUCACUGGAAUUCUGUAACGCAGUUAUUCAGGUGGCCCACCCUGAUAUCAGAGACCAGCUCGUCAGUUACAUCUAUAAUGGAUUCCUCGUGCCCGUAUUAGCACCAGCACUGCACAAACUCACCCUAGAGGAGGUGAUGACCACCACAGCUUAUCUGGACCUCUUCCUCAGAAGUGUGUCUGAACCGGCUCUGCUGCAGACUUUCCUGUCCUUCAUCCUCCUCCACCGACAUGAGAGCGUCCACAUUUUAGACACUCUGGUCAGCCGCAUCAACACACCCUUCCAGCUGGGCACUGUGUCUCUGGCGCUGUUCCACACUCUCAUUGGUUUGUACUGUGAGGACGUGAUGCUGCAGCUCGUAUUAAGGUACCUGAUCCCGUGUAAUCAUAUGAUGUUGAGUCAGAGACGAGUGGUGAGAGAGAGGGACUGCUACUCUGUGUCAGCCGCCAAGAUACUGGCAUUAACACCGUCCUGCUGCUCGCCUGAUCACAGCCCUCCGCCCCUCCGACAGCUGGACUCCAUCCUCUUUUCCAAGGGAACAGAGUCCCCCAGCAACCCCAGCACCACAGAAGGAAAAGAGAACUUCUUGGAAGACGGCGACGGCUUAGGUAACUCUUGUACCAUCGGAUCAGAGCUCUACCUGGAUGUCAGUUAUCUUCAUUACCUCUACGAAGCCCGUCUGAGCAUCAGCAGUUGUCUUCGGGCCUGCCAGGUUUGGUCGGCCCCAUAUGACGGUGAGGACCCUCCUCCUGAGAAAUACCAGCCAGGGGUCCUCGAGGAGCCAAGCCUCAAAAACUGGCAAAACCAUGUGGCGCUUAAAAAAGUACCACAGCUGCGGCCUCGACCCUGCCCACCGCCGAGUACAGACCCCUCCUCCAUCCCUCAGCUGGAGCUGGAGUGGGAUGAUAGUUAUGAUGCCUGCCCGGUUCAGACUGCAGAGGUCUGUGAGGAGAGUAAACCCCCACAGCGUCCUCCUGCUGAGCCCCCAAAGCACAUCCAGGAGAUGAGGAGAACAGCUAUCAUGUUGGUAAAAGGCUCAUACAUUGAAGAAUCUGAGUUCCAGGAUGAUGUCAUGGUGUAUGAUCUUAUUGCCAAGAAAGAUACCAGAGAGGUGGAGCGUCUGAAGCACAAACCCAGUGGAACGGACUCAGAAGAAACUCAUCCAGGCAUGGCAGAUGUUCCCCUGAAAAAUGGGCUCAGUCUCCCGCAUACAACCGCCGUGAUGUCUGAUAACACCAAAAGUAACUUGGACACAAAGGGCAAAGGUCAAACCGACUGCAACUCCAACCACAAGAACACUGCUGCUGAGCUGGGAGAUGACCUUUUAGCGCAGUAUGAGGAGCUCAUUCGCACACUGGACACUGAAGCAGGUGGAAAACAGGUCAAAGCUGAUGGAGAACUUAAGAAGCCAGUUUCACCUGUAGAGGAGGAAGAGGACAUGGAUUUCACCUCCUUCUCUGCUGAGACACCAGAGGCAGAGAAACUGCAGUCACCAUUUGGGACAAAGUUUAGAAGUGGAAGUACAAGUCGAAGCCAUUCAGCGCCUUUUACAGGUCCAUUUGUGAGUGUGCUGUUGUCACGUCUGGAGAACAUGCUGUCUAACUCUCUGCACGUCAACCUGUUGUUGACGGGUAUCCUGGCCCAGUUGGCUGCCUACCCUCAGCCUCUCCUGCGCUCGUUCCUCCUCAACACAAACUUGGUCUUUCAGCCUACUGUUCGCUCCCUGUACCAGGUACUAGCCACUGUGAAGAACCAGAUAGAAGAGCUGGCUGUCACCAGAAAAGACUUUCCAGAGAUGAUCACCGCAGCCCAGCACUGGCUCCUGGCGAGAGAGACCACCUUCAGAGCAGCAGAUGUAAACAGCGGCAGCAGCAGCAGAAACUCCCAUCACAGCGAGGCAGUGAUGAUUUUAAAGAACUCACCGCCGCCCAAACCCAGGGCCAUCUCUCUGGAUCGCACAGAUGUCUUCGCUACCGUCCUCUACACAGAGUUUCUCAAAGAACUGGCCGCCAUUGCUCAAGAGCACUCCAUCCUAUCAUACAUUCCCAUGGAAGAGUAAUUGUGUCUUGAAAAGCCUCUGAAUGAUUUUUAAAGACUGAUUUGUACUUUUUGUUUGUCCUUUUCAGGCACUACUUGAUGAAGAAACCUCCUAGAUUCAGUGAUUUUUACGACUAUUUUAAAGUUACAGAAUAUUUAUUUUCCAAGAUAAUCACUUUAAAGUGCUUUUGAAACAUCAUUAUAGUUGUCUAAAGUGUUGGGCAGCCACACUUUUUCAGCUGGAGAAUCUUAAACUAGUUCGCAGCAGCAGUACUCCUCAAAAAUAUGAGCUUCACGGCCACCAACCAAAGACCGCAGGGUGAUGUUUUGAAUAAAGACAACAGUUUAUAGCAAUAAUCAGUCCUUUGGUGAACUUCAGGGUCCCACCUGCUCUCUGAAUGUCUUCAAACACCAGCACUGACCACAGUGUGAUGUCUGAGCAGGGUAGUCCAUGUGGUUCUGUCAAAUGCACAGGUGGCCUUCCAGGAGUGUUGUUGUCUGUUUUUUGGCCAGAGGAUCACACUCUGUAACUGAGCACCAUGUGGAGCAUCUGUUCGCUUUAAGAUGCCUGUUGAUUUGUAACGUGAAAUUGUCUUUUAAAUUGUACGACUUGUAGCAGGGCUGGCACCACAACAGAAACACAUCCAAACCUACUUUUACUGUCUGUCCUUAUGCAGCUGUUACAGGACUACAUCCUCUGGUAAAACAGGUCAUUUUUCUUGAUUUUAUUUCUCC